GCAGGCACCAGUAUCGUCUCCGCACAAGGACCACGACCGCCCGCGGAGUGCGGGCGGCCGGGUGCCAGCGCGGCGCUCCUCCGCCUUCUGCUCAUCCUUCGGGCGCCCUCGCCCACUUCCAAAGCCCAGCUCCGACUUGGGUUUCGCUGUCUGCCCCCGCCCCCCUGGUACGCGAAGAGGAGAUUUAAAAUAUUGCCCUUUGGGUGCUCACGAUGUUUCUCUGGGUUCGUUCAGUUGCCGGAAAAGAAUGGUAACAUGAAGAGCGUCACCGGAGGAAGGGGAAGAGAUAGAUGGGCAGAGCGCUGACUUCGCGGAGGAUCUCAUUCCGAGGACUACUCGGGGAAGGGACGUCUCGGCGCCUGCACUUCCUGGCUGGACUCCGCUGACAUCUGUAGCCUCCUUUCCUCCAGGUUCCCAGGUCGCAGAGCCACUGCCUGCCCAGGAGUAUUUAGGCAGCGCGUGAGGAUCCAGGAGUUCGUGAGCCUCCAUCCAAAGGGGAGUCCUGCCCUGGAUACCGUGUCCCUGGAUCCCGGUGGAGCCCACUGGCAAGCUGGCUCCUGAGAGAGUUGAACUUGAGUUCAGAUGGCCAACUCCCUCUGAAUCGUGCAGAUUGGUGCUGAGCACGCAACAAAAGUUUGUAGCUUCCCCUCAGUUUCUGGUGCUUCACAGGGGAGAGGAAAGGACAUUGGCAUUAAACACAAGAAGCAGUCAGGGAACCAUCUCCUUUAACUUUUCUCCUCUGUUACCAUUUGCAAUGAAGAGGAAACAGAAGAGAUUUCUGCAAAUGACUUUGUUAUUCAUGGUGGCUUUAAUUUUCCUGCCCAAUAUUGGUCUCUGGUCUCUGUACAAGGAUAAGCACCUGGUGAAAUCUACAGAGCCCAGGGAGCAGCAGACAUUUCCACUGGGCCUGGGAGAUGGGCAAUUCUAUUCAUGGACAGAUGGUUUGAGAAGAAAGGACUGGCAUGACUAUGAAAGCAUUCAGAAAGAGGCUAUGCGCUCAGGGAAAGGUGAACAUGGGAAGCCUUACCCCCUUACUGAAGAGGACCAUGAUGACUCGGCAUACAGGGAAAAUGGUUUCAAUAUUUUUGUCAGCAACAACAUUGCCCUAGAGAGAUCCCUGCCAGAUAUUCGCCAUGCUAACUGUAAGCACAAGAUGUACCUGGAAAGGCUGCCAAACACCAGCGUCAUCAUCCCAUUUCAUAAUGAAGGCUGGACUUCACUCCUGCGGACCAUACACAGUAUAAUUAACCGAACCCCUGAGAGUCUCAUAGCCGAAAUCAUUCUGGUAGAUGACUUCAGUGAUAGAGAACACUUGAAGGAUAAGUUAGAGGAAUACAUGGCUCGGUUUUCCAAAGUGAGAAUUGUUCGUACCAAGAAAAGAGAAGGACUCAUCCGGACCAGACUCCUGGGCGCAUCUAUGGCCAGAGGAGAGGUGCUGACCUUCCUUGACUCCCACUGCGAGGUCAACGUGAACUGGCUGCCCCCACUCCUUAACCAAAUUGCACUCAACCACAAAACCAUCGUGUGUCCCAUGAUCGAUGUCAUUGACCACAAUCACUUUGGGUAUGAGGCACAAGCUGGGGAUGCCAUGCGCGGAGCCUUCGACUGGGAAAUGUACUACAAAAGAAUUCCCAUCCCUCCAGAGCUCCAGAGGGCAGAUCCCAGCGACCCUUUUGAGUCUCCUGUCAUGGCUGGAGGUCUCUUUGCUGUGGAUCGAAAAUGGUUUUGGGAACUGGGUGGCUAUGAUCCUGGUUUAGAAAUCUGGGGAGGAGAACAAUAUGAAAUCUCUUUUAAGGUUUGGAUGUGUGGAGGAGAAAUGUUUGAUGUUCCCUGUUCUAGAGUUGGUCAUAUCUACAGGAAGUAUGUCCCUUACAAAGUUCCAUCUGGGACCAGCCUGGCAAGAAACCUGAAACGGGUGGCUGAGACCUGGAUGGAUGAAUUUGCCGAGUACAUUUACCAGCGGCGGCCCGAGUACAGACACCUCUCUACUGGGGACAUCUCUGCCCAGAAGGAGUUGCGCAAACAGCUCAAGUGCAAGGACUUCAAGUGGUUCAUGGCUGCAGUGGCCUGGGAUGUGCCUAAAUACUACCCUCCUGUGGAGCCCCCACCUGCCGCCUGGGGUGAGAUUCGGAACGUGGCAGCGAAUCUCUGCGUGGACAGUAAGCAUGGAGCCACAGGAACCGAGCUGAGGCUGGACAUCUGUGUCAAGGAUGGUUCUGAAAGGACGUGGUCCCAUGAACAGCUCUUUACCUUUGGGUGGAGAGAAGAUAUUCGACCUGGUGAGCCACUGCAUACCCGAAAGUUCUGCUUUGAUGCAAUCUCAUACAACAGCCCAGUCACUCUCUAUGACUGUCAUGGCAUGAAGGGGAACCAGCUCUGGGGAUAUCGGAAGGACAGAACAUUAUUCCAUUCUGUGAGCAACAGCUGCAUGGAUUGCAACCCUGCGGAGAAGAAGAUUUUCAUGGCCAGAUGUGACCCUCUGUCUGAGACUCAGCAGUGGAUUUUUGAACACGUUAAUAUGACUGUUUUAGAAAAAUUUAGCCACCAUGCCAGCUCCUAGGAAGAAAGAAAGAAUGAUUACCUGCAGAUUGUGAACUAAAUUUUAGCCAGCAUCUGGGUCAAAGGAGUCAGGAAUAACAUUUCCUAGAUCCAGGAAGCCUGGUUUAAAGAUUUGUAAAUGCCAUGUCAAAGUAGGUUGUCCUGAGGAACUUCCUGCAUCUGAAGAACUUGGCUGAGAACCUCACCAGCUGCUUCUGAGAACUUGAGACUAGCAAGCAGUUCCCUUGCUGGCCAAGGGUGAAGAUAUUUAGGGACUUUUCGAAACAACUGCUGAGUUAAUAAAUCCUAGCAUUUCUCAGGUCAAAUCCUGCAGUAGUGAGUAGCUAUGAAUGGAUCCUAUUAAUCGGGUGGGAGGGGGGUGGAAAUGGAGUGCAUGACUGCUCUGACAACCUGAGGCUACCACAGGUUUAGAACUAGCCACGCUUAAGGGAUGAGCGGUACUCUUUGGUGCCAUUCUCUAACUAAGAAUGGGUUAAGCAGGUUUAACCCUUAAAAGUGCUGCAGAUGAUUUUAGAGUGCUCAUACCAUUCUGUUUCCUUUUGUUUUAUUUUUAAACAUGGGUGCAAUAUUUAAUAGGACUUAAAAAUCACAUAAUGAAAUGGACUUCCAGUGUUCCCAUGUUUUCAUUUACACUUGCCAUUUUCCUUGUAGAGCAGAAGUUACUUAUUGUUCAUAAAAGUUCAUGCUCCAUAAAUCAGCUGAAGUUCUACUCAGUGCCCUUGUUAUGAAUCCAGUUAAGAACAACAACAACAACAAAUAAAACUAUGCUACCAAGUUACUCCAAAGAAAGAUUUCACAGAAGCAGCAAACCAUAAAAAAAGAUUAAGGAGAUUUCUCUAGGAAAUCUAUUUUUACUUUUCUAUUAUUUUUAGAAUUUUUAAAGUCUGAUGUUUGUCCGGUCAUACUUUUUAUUAAGGAAGGAAAAUGGAGUGAGGUUGAUGUAAUUUGUUUAGGAGAUUCUUUAACCCAAAUAAAUCUACACUCCACGUGACAUGUAAAAAUGGCUUGGUUUACUUCAAUCCUAUUUAAUCAGUGCUGGGAACUUAGAGUGGUUUUAUUUCGUUAUUUUGGUGGGGAUUUUUUAUUUGUUUGUUUGUUUGCUUUAUAUUGUUGAUAUUAAUGAUGUUGCUGUUUUAUUUGGAAGCCCAUAAAAGGAGUUACCAUUAAUAAAGUGCUUCUGACACCAUUUUCUGUUAAUGGGACAAUAUUUCAGAGGUCAAGCAAGUAUUAAUUCAAAAACUAAAGUGGAAUAUUUAAUUCUUAAAAGAAUGUUUUACUUUUAAAUAAUCAUGGGUUUGGAGUAGAACAUACAGAUAUCAAAAUGGGUCUAUAGAGGUUAGAAUCACAUUUAUGACUCAAUUUUCAAGUUUUGUCAGGUACAAGAAUGUUUUUACAUUGCUUUUGUUAUUUUUCUUUUAACUUGUCUUUUUCUGUUCACACACACACACACACACACACACACACACACACAUAUAUAUAUAUAUAUAUAUUGUCUUAGAUAUGGACCAUUGAAUUUUAGAACUAGGAAGACUCCUGAAAUCCAAUCCCUUUGUUAUUUUUAGAUUAAUAACAAAAGCCCAGAGAGGCCCAACUCCUGGAAGGGCUGACAGGUCUUCUGACCUUUAUUCCUGUGCAUUUGUCUCCUGUGCUGUGCUCUCUCACUCUGGGGCUCAAGGUGAUUCUGAUUAUAUCUCCAAUUUAACUGGAAAUUUUUGGUAACUAGAUUAGAAUCCUAUGCUUCCCUGGGGAUGUCCACAAAAAUAGCCUUCAUCUUCCAAAACCACCUUCUUAUAAAUAUUCAAUGAUUUUGUUCUCUCCUCAAAACCUAAUCAAAAUGUCCACUUAAACUUCUCUGCUAACAGUUGAGGAAGAGUUAUUUCAUUAUCUUCGCUGAAUUUUCAAGCAUUCUUUUGAAGAGCUUCUUUUUAAACCAACUGUCACAGAGAUAUUUUGUAUAGGUCAAGAGAUCUUGAAGCAUUCAAGAUGCAUAGAGGAGAAAAUCAAUAGUGAGAAAUUAACCUGGGUGUUGAAUACUUCUAAAGAGUGAGUGAAGAUUCUUCUCAAGUGUUCAGAGAGCAGUCUGGCUGUAGAAUCUGAGGAGUCUAUAAAAGUUCACAUUAUGUCAUUAAACAGUUGACUGGUAUUUACAGUUGUACCAAAGAGGCAACCUGGGGUUCUGUACACUGGGAAGCCCAGCUGUGCAAUGAUCUCUUAGGAUGCUGUCAUCAUGUCUUUCAUUAACUGGGCACUGACCUUUGAGAAAACCAGAAUAUUGUAUCAUCUUAGUGUGGCACACAGGGAUCAACAAAGAUUGGUCUACUCUCUGAGUAAAAAAAAACGUCAUCUAAGAAAUGAACAACCUGUUUAAAUGAAGGCAAACUUGAGACGUUAAAUUCAAAAUUGGAACUUCAAAUUGUCAAGCAAUCAUUAAAUAUGUACACAUGGGGAACAUACAUAUAGAAUAAAAUAAAACCUAGAGACUCUUUUGCUACACAUAAGCAAAAGGGCACAGUACAGCCAAUAAGCACAUUUAAAGAGGCAUUUCUGAUGCCACUGAAGGCUAAGACUCUACUUGCUUAAGACAUCACUACUACCAUUCUUAAAAGUGUAAAAAUACAUGCUUGCAUUUUUUUUAUUGGCACAAGAGACAGAACAGUCCUCAGAAACACUUUCAUUUCUGCAAAUGACAUGUUUUGAAAAUUGAACAGUAGAGUACACACCUACCCUAUUAUCAGAAUGGGAAGAAAAACAUCCUAAAGUUAAUCUGACCACAGAAACUGCUACUUCUCCAUAAUAAAAUAUACUUUUGCCAGAAGCUAAAAAAUACUUAAUUUUUUAAGUCCUUCUUAUGUAUUUACAGAGAAAAUGCUAUGCUGUAAAACAAUUGUGAACUGUUUGUGGGAUUUAUACUUUUUCCAGGGCUGAAAUAAUAAUUACCAUGGCAAUAAUAAUGUAUUGGCUUCUAUGUCUACUGUUAUUUACUUAGAAAUACUAAUAUGCUCACAAGACUGUUUUUAAAUGUAUUCACCAUAUUAGAAGCCUCAGUGAGUAAUGCAAGUUCCAGGAUUAUUUUGUGAAUUGAUAACAUAGAACUUUCUACAAUAAAUGAAUAACACAUAAUGCAAA